AAGUAUAUUACUUUCCUUACCUGAGGAGACACAUCUAUAAUUUCUCUCUGAACCAAGGAAAAAGAAACAACCAUGAUGAAGCUAGUGGUGUUCAUGAUGUGCCUGCUGGCCACUACCUUGGCUGCUCCUGUGGCAGAGAGUGAAAGCAAUGAAGAAAAACAGGUAGCAGCACAUGCUAAUGAGGCCCUGAGGUGGAUGGAGAUGUACAGGAUGUACCAGCAGCAGGGAGUAGUUGGAAACCCCUUCCUGCCUGCUGCUGAUGCUCCUGUGGAUGCCACACCCGCUGAAGUCGCACCUCCUGCUCCUGUUACUGCUGCAGACGCAUCGGAGGAGGAGAACGAGGAUGAAGGUGCUGCACCCAAAGCUGCAGCAGCCGGUGGUGCCCCCCUGAACUCUGAUGAAGAAGAGGAGGCCGAGGAGGCCGAGGAGGUGGAAGCAGCCGAGGCUGAGCCAGCUGUUGAAGUGGCACCAGAAGAGCCUGCAGCAGAUCCUGAAGCAGCUGUGGAGCCAGCUGUGGUGGACGUCCCUGUAGAUGCUGCCACGGUGGAUGCUGCUGUUGUCGUUGAUGUGGUUCCUGUUGAUGUGGUUCCUGUUGAUGUGGUUCCCGCUGAAGUUGCCCCUUCAGCCCCAGAGGUUGCUGUGGAUGCGCCUGUCCCCGCUGCUGCUGAUGUCCCCACUGCUGCUGAUGUCUCCGCUGAUGUCCCCACUGCUGCUGAUGUCCCCGCUGAUGUCCCCGCUGCUGCUGAUGUCCCUGCUGCUGAUGCCCCCCUAGCAGCUGAGACUGAAACAACUGGAGUGGCAGCAGAUCCUGCUUUAGUGUAGUCAUAUUUCUUAUAACCAGCCUAAGUGCUCUUCUGUUAGCAGUUAAAGCAAUAGCUAGAAGCGGAAAUGAGAAGUUAAAGCAGCGCUAAAGGAUGACAAGCUGUGGCAUAUUGAAUAGAGAAGAGGAGAGAGUGCUUUUUGUUCAGAAUUGUUAUCCUCUUCUUUUUGUCUUGAAUCAAAAUAUUUUUUGUAAUUCUGUUCUCAGUUUUUUACUGAUGAGUCACGAGUGUUUGUAUACGAUACAAAUACAUGUCUUUGAUAAACUCUGUGAUGUACGUUUAUGACUUUUCACAACAGACAUUUUAUAAUAAUAAUAACUUUAUUUGUAUAGCACCUUUCAUACAGGGGAUUGCAGUUCAAAGUGCUUUGACUGUUCACAGUAUAGGAACAUGUGUUAGUAAUGACAUUAAUGUUGGUUUUGUCCUAUUUAAAAGUAAGCUACGGCAGUAGUUCAGCAUAGACUUCACCAGGAAUCUGAAGCUGAAGGAGCUGAAUAGAACGCAGCAAUCUAGAAUGUUAUUUUUUUACACUUCUGCUGACAGUGACAUCUGUUAAAAGUUUGCUAUAAAACCAACUAUGUUUCUAAUAAAAAGCCAACAUUUCCAUAAAAAA